GAAGUGCUUAACCUUUCAGACAGAAUAUUGCCAUAGUUUACAAAAUUACAUAAAUGUUUUGCUUUGUGGUACCCGCUGUUAUAAUGUUUGCCCUGAGCCUUUACAGGGAAACAGUGGCUGUGUGAGUUCCUGCAUAGUGUGGUGGUUUCAUGUGGCUGGAAGCUGAAACUGGAGAUUAUGAAGCUAGAGGAUCCAGAGGCGUUUGAAGAUGUUGCUGUUGAGUUUUCAGGAGAGGAAUGGAAGAUGCUAAGUAAACAGGAAAAAAAGCUACACAGGGAGGUGAUGGUACAGAACUAUGAGAACAUGGUGUCAGUAGGAUAUAACAUCCCAGUGGAGCACCUGUGGUUACUAAUUGGCAGAGACAUGGAAGUUCCCUCUGGAAAUACAGAAGAAGAAGGAAUACAGCAAGAGGAAUCUCAUGAUAGUAACGGCUUCAUCUGCAGGAAUACAGACUACAGUAAGAUUCAGAGUCAUCAGUUAUCACAUGUCAAAUGCCUUCAUUCUGAACAUGACAUGAUUUUGCUGGAUAAGACAUCUGUCACAAGAUGUGGCCCUCUACAGACGGGAAGUGAAUGCCAUAACUGCACGGAAUGUAAUGAGUGGUUUUCCUCUAAAGCUGAUCUAGAAAUGCAUGUAAAAACUCAUGGACAGGAACAGCCAUGCAAGUGGCAUUCUGACACUAAAAAAUUCAAAUUAUGGAAUAACAGCUCAGAUGAAAAGUCCAUUUCAUGUGGUAAAAAACAAAAUAAAGCCAGUGUUUCAUAUGAGACCAUGCUGUAUAAAGACGGUUCAUGUGACAAAGGCUUUAAAAGUAAAAAAUGUUUAUCAGGACAACAGAUUAUUCAGAAACCACAUAAGUGUGCCACGUGUGGCAAGUCUUUUACACGGAAGAGCAGCAUGGUAAUACAUCACUGGGCCCACACUGACCAGAAACCAUACAUGUGCUCCACAUGUGAUAAAGGUUUUGCAGAGAUGAGACAGUUAACAUUGCAUCAGUUUAUACACACUGGAAAGAAACCCUAUGAAUGUGCAAGUUGUGACAAGAGUUUUACACUUAAAAUAAGUUUGGAACGCCACCAAAUUAUACACACAGGACAGCGACCAUAUAAAUGUGCCAUGUGUGACAAGGCCUUUUCACGGAAGAGUAGCAUGGUGCGACAUCAUUUAGUUCACUCUGAACAGAAACCAUAUGAAUGUGCCACAUGUGGUAAAGGAUUUACACGGAAAUGUUACAUGGUAAACCAUCAGUAUGUCCACUCUGGAAUGAUGCCUUUUAAAUGUAUUACAUGUAACAAAGGUUUUACUGAUGAGAAAAGUCUAGCAAUGCAUCAAUAUACCCAUGCUAAUCAAAAGCCAUAUAAAUGUUCAACAUGUAACACGGGCUUUACAAAAAAGAGUAACAUGGUGAGACAUCAGUAUAUCCACGACGGGCGGUGUGGCGGGCAUGAACCCUUUAAAUGUGCCAUAUGUAAUAAAGGGUUUGCAGACAAAAAAUGUUUAGAAGUGCAUGAAGUUAUCCACAAUGUACAGAAACUUUAUAAAUGUGACACAUGUGGCAAAUAUUUUGCACACAAGGGUAGCAUGAUACGGCAUCAGUUAAUCCACACUGGGCAGAAACCUUAUAAAUGUGCCACAUGUGGCAAGAGUUUUACAUACAAGUACAACAUGAUAAGUCAUGAGUUAGCACACAGUGGGCAGACAUCAUAUAAAUGUGCAACAUGUGGCAAGGGUUUUAAACACAAGAGCACUUUGUUAAAACAUCGGUUUGUCCACACUAUGAACACAAAAGUUACUGAGAACAAACAAGUGGUAAUACGUUAGGAUCACCCAGUACUGAGUGUUAAGUAACAAGCCCCUUCCUAAUAAGAAACAUAUUUUCAGGAUGUGGAGGUAGAAAACAGAUAUUAUGAAACAAAGACAGACAUAUUUUUUGUAGUCGUAGGAAGAAAUGAGCGAAUAAAAACAACUUUCAGCCUGAUUUGUAUACACUAUUAAUACAAGUAGUCUUGUACAGACUACAGAAGGAGGCAAUACAUCAUGUGUUUGCUGUGGCUGUUAGGACUGAGGCUGUGCUGAUCUCAUGAAAUUUAAAUAUGUUCUAACUUAGACAUUUUUUUCCUCCAUGGCAUAAAAAGCUUACAUAUUUGAAAAAAAAUGAAACCAAAGACCAUCGUGGAAAAAGAACUUGUUAGCAAAAUUAACAGAGAGAGUCCUAGAUACAUUGCAGGUAUUGAAGUGUACACUGUUGCUAAACACCACAGACUGAAACGGUACUGAUUUGCAUAAACAUUAAAUACGCCCUUACUUCACAAUACAGCCAGUUCAUUCCAAUUUUAUUUCAAAAAUUCAAAAAAAAAAGUUUGAAAAGAGAAAAAAAAAAACAAUCUAGAUUGAUACCUGUUAUUCAGACUGUAUUCAUAGUUUCAACAUUAUGUAAUUCACAAGUGAUAUACUUUGCAUUUGAAGUAACCAAAGUUAAAAUGACAUCCAUUCUCACACUAACAAGAUGUUUUGUAAGAGAAAAAAGUGGACAUUUGAUCCCACAUUCCAAAGACAUGCAGUAGCUGGAGAUUGGACACACUAAA